AAGAAAUUGCAAAGAAACAGCAUUCAAGCUUACAUUUCCUUCACUAUGCCCGAUGCUCCGAAGAAACCAGAAGCGCCAAGGCGUGGCCGCGGAGUAGUGCGUGGACGCGGCGGCAUGCCUACCGGCCGUCUUGGCUCGUUCCGGCCCACAAUCACCGGCAAUACGCGGGCGACAUCCUCGGGCAGCGUGUCCAGCAGCUCCGGCUCGGCCCUGGUAUUCAAGCCCAAGACGCAAGUCCAGCGGCACAAAAAAGAAGCCCCGGCGCCCUCGCUCCUGGCCUCGGCGCCCAAGCGCGAACACAAGCCGCACGGGCCUGCCCGCGGGGCUGAGCGCGGUCGCGGGCGCGGUCGUGGCCGGGUCGAGCUAAUCCAGACGGUCUCCGGUCCGUUCGCCCAGGGCCCUGCCAUGAUUUCCAGCACAUCCAGGCGCGGCGGCGCUGGCGGGUUCAGCGGGGUGUUGGCGCCUGGCAUGCCCAAAUCCGAGAACCCCAAUGUCGAUGAGCCGGCUCAGACUGAUCUAAGCGACCCGAAUGCCCCGGUGCUUUUACUGACUGACCAUAACGAGGAGAUCACCGAGGACUUUGAUGUGCAGACCGAGGAGAUGGCGCUCAAGGCGGCUGAGGAGAUGCGCGCAUUAAAGCUCGACAACAAUACCGCCGAGGUGUUCAGUGGCGAGAAGCUGCUGGUGUGGCAGCUGCCGGCCAUGCCCGAGUUUGAGCUCACAGCGGAGGUCGUCGAGAGGCGGGAGAGGGAGCGGCUGGAGCGCAGGGACGAGCGUCGGCGCAAGAGGGAAGCAGAGCAAAAGAAGACCGAGGAUGUGAAGCCGAGUAUGGCUGAGCUGGAGGCUGGCGAGCCGAUUGACGUUGAAGACAAGCCAGUCGAUGACAAGCCGAUCGACGACAAGCCCGAUACAGAAGAGGAGACGGUCGAGGAGUCCGACUCCGAGGACUCGUCCCUGCUGGACGGCCGGGUUGGCACAUUGGUGGUGCUCAAAUCGGGCGCCGUCAAGCUCAAGAUUGGCCAAGACCUCCUGCUGGACGUGUCGCUGGGCGCCGACUGCCAGUUCUUCCGCGGGCUAAUGGCACUGGACACCAAGGGCUCAAACUCGGCCUUUGUGCUGGGCAAUAUCGACGAGCAGCUGGUGUGCACGCCCGACCUCGAGAACAUGCUUUGA